AUGGUCUGGGUCGCGAGAAAGGUAGAGGAGGCAAGAACUGAUGUACCAAAGUCCAUCAUCAGCUCUCUUGACGAUGCUAUCCGAGACAGGACUAUGGUCUUUCAGAUGUACGACGACGCUGAAGCGGGGCACAAACAUAUUAUCCGGACACUCCAAGACAUACAUCGGAUUUUGAAGCCUCUUGAGUCGCAGUCGGCAGAUGUCGUUUUCGUCGACUACGCUGCGGACGCCCAGCAAACCUUAUGGAACAAUGCGUUUCAGGCUCUUCACGUCGAUGACACGCCGGAAUCGUCUCAUGGCUCCUCGCAUAGCGGCUCUGAAAACAGCGGUACUGGCCAUACGUCUUCACCUGCCUCUGCUCCAACCCAACCGGCGCAGCCUCAAGCUCAGCCCAUGGGCCCGAUAGAAUUCGACCUAGAAGACGACGAAAUGACGCACAUGAUUGACUCGGCGUGGUUCCUCAUCGAAAUGAACAAGAUGCGCGCUCAGCUUGAGCAGAUCUGGGCAGAGGCGGCCAGAGGCGAUAUCCCCAUCGUCUUCGCCGCUUGGCUGACCAGUCUUGCCGUCUAUGAUAUGUCAGACCGAGAUCACAUGCCGCAAGACUAUCUCAAUAAGUUCUGUCUCAUGCAGGCGUACAACUGUCGGUGCAACAGUUGUCAAAUGGUACGCUCUUCGGUCCGGAAACUCGACGACGAGCAGGACCCGGACGAAUGUCUCCAGUCCGCUGUCAGGCUGUUCAAGACAGCCAAAGCCAUCGGGGAAUACGGUCAGAGAAUUGGCGAAUUUCGUGCACCUCAGAUCGACGGCCAACCAUGCGGCAGUGGAGAAAUGUUCACGUACGACAUCACCAAUAGAAACAUGGGAAGCGAACCGCCAUCAUUCCCAGAUUCAUACCGAAACCGAAUUCACGAAACUCUAGAAUCAGUCAGGGUCUCGUUACCACUGCAUGGGCGUUAUGCCAGAGCCAUCGCCCGCGCGGAACGCCUGAGACUGGACCGCUACAGGGGCAUCAAGAUCUGCGAGGCCUUCUUCGAUGUUGCUCAGCGAUUCUUUCUUCAGGAAGAAUCUCCGCGAAAACCAUCGAUAUUUCUUGUCACAACAAUGGACCUCUUCAUGCUGACCGCAGACGCGGCAUCGACACAUGGUGGCCGUCUAGGCGGCACUCAAUGCCGAGUCGCGACUCUCGAACUUGCGUUGCAGGUGCGGGAUUGCCUUGCGCAGUUCAAGCCAGACACGGACCUUCUGGAGCAUCACCCACACGUCGCUGACCAAGUCCGCGACCUGUCUACGGCCAUUCAUUACUACAUCAUGGAAACCAAGUCCGGUCUCUACUACGAGUCCCCAUGGACUAUGGGCUGCCACAUGUUGGAGUUUCUCACCACCGCGAAUAACAUUGGCUUGAGAGUAUGCAAGCGGUAUGCCGUUUUCCAGUCGAUAUUGCACCUGUACAACGCCAUGCGCCGCUUGAAUAUCAAGGAGCUUUCCAUUCCGAAGAACUACGAGCUGGAGAAACUUUGCCAGAUGUUCGUCUGGCCAGUAUUCAAAGGGAACAUGCCAAUGAGCGGUUUUCUCUCCGUCUUCCUCCUCGCCGUAUAUCAAAGCGGCACAGCGGACAAUGUCAAGUAUGGAGCAGCCUCCAGACUUGAACGAGGAGUGACCUUCUUGCAGGCCGAGCCAUAUAGCUGCUGGAUUUCGCUUACCGAACAGCAUGCUGACCUGCACUCUCAAGAUCCCAUUUUCUUAACAAAGGUCUAUAACAGGCCCGUCCCAUUAGUCUGCCCAUGCCUUGAAUGCACGGAGGGCACGUCGUCGGCAUAUAGGCGCAAAAUUGAACAGGCCCUGAGAGAGCAUGCAAGCACCAAGCUUUCUGGGUACACAGCCAAAGCCAGAGCUCUGCUGACGGAAGAGCUUUCCGCAGCAACCCCUCUGUCGCGGCUCAACAUGCUGAAGCUGUUUCAGGCGUACGCCGAAAUGCUGAGUGCCUUCGGCAGACUGGUGCGGCCUGAGUUGGAACCUGCGUACCGGAAACAGCGGGUAUGGAGGAACGAAAUGAAGUACGGGCUGGUUCCCGGUCGUUUUGCUGUUGAAGACACGUUGGAGCUGAUCGACCUGAACUUUGGCGGCACCACGAAGGAGAAAAGGCGUUUGGCGAGACAUCCGCUGCUCCUGGGUGCCGCGAAGAUGUUUAACGAUAUGCAAGAGGGCAGACAGCCAGAAGAUGCGAAGCUGGAGAGGUUUCUUUGGGAUCUUGCGUGA